AUUAUAGUAUUAUCACUAAGAGGAUACUCUCUCCCAACGAAUAACACCUCUCGUUUUGGAAGGGUUCACUUAGUAGCCGAUUUUAGACAUAGCAGAACACCACCGUUACCACCUCCAACACCACCACACAAACUCACGCGCGUCGUAUUUUCAUAUUAUUAUUAUUAUUAUUAUUCACUCUGCCUUUUUCUCUGUAAAACCCUAAUUAUCGAAAUCUCCCCUUUCUCUCCCUCUCUCAAAAAAUUUCAAAAAAUUCUCGCUCCCCCUCUCUCUGGAAAUUUCUCGAUCAUCUCCCUAGUCGAUCCAUCGCUCUCUAAACCCUAACUUGAAUUUCACUUGUAAUUUCUUGAGAUCUGCUGUUUAUUUUUUUAAUUGGGAAAUCUAGGGUUUUUUGAUUGAUUGAUUGAUUGAUUUAGGCUGGCGGGUAAUCGGUUCAAUUAGAUGGCGGAUCCGCCAGAUAAUAUCCGCCGAUUGAUUUUAUUAUCGAUGAUAGGGUUACAGUGUGAUUAGGAAAGUGAAGUGUAACAAAAAAACUUUGAAGAAGAAAAUAAAAGCAUGCUGAGCGUGCUGCGUGUGCAUCUUCCAUCGGAUAUUCCUAUUGUUGGCUGUGAGUUAACGCCGUAUGUUGUUUUACGGCGACCUGAUAAGGAUUAUAUUACCGAUGAUGUGCCCGAGUCUGCCCCUCUUGACGGUCAUUUCUUGAGAUAUAAGUGGUAUCGGAUACAGAGUGAUAGAAAAGUUGCUGUAUGUAGUGUACAUCCAUCUGAGCAUGCUACACUGCAGUGUAUAGGUUGUGUUAAGGCCAAAAUACCUGUUGCCAAAAGUUACCAUUGCUCUCCCAAGUGCUUCUCUGAUGCAUGGCAGCAUCAUCGUGUUCUACAUGAUCGAGCUGCAAGUGCUGUAAAUGAAAAUGGAAAUGAGGAGGAAGAGUUGUUUGGGCGUUAUAAUAGCUCAGGAUCUGGAGUUCUUAAUACUAGUUUAUCUGGUUCUGCAUCAAGUGCUAGCUUGACAAAUGGUUCCACGCCUUUGUAUCCUGCGGCGGUGACACAGAGGAGUGGUGAAACUUGGUUUGAGGUUGGGCGUUCCAAAAUAUAUACACCAUCAGCUGAUGAUAUUGGCCAUGUUCUCAAGUUUGAAUGCGUUGUGGUAGAUGCAGAAACUAAAUUACCUGUAGGACAUCCAAACACACUAUUAACUUCCCGUGUCAUUCCAGCCCCCUCCCCAACUCCACGUCGUUUGAUCCCAGUUAGUGGACUUGAUGCAAUGGUGCCUUUAGAUUUGGAUGGUCGUAUCUCAUCAACUGGAACCUUUACUGUGCUCUCAUACAACAUUUUAUCUGAUGUGUAUGCUACAAAUGAAACAUACAGUUAUUGUCCUUCAUGGGCUCUUUCUUGGCCAUAUCGUCGACAGAACUUACUGAGGGAAAUAGUUGGCUAUCGUGCAGACAUUGUUUGUCUUCAGGAGGUACAAAGUGAUCAUUAUGAGGAAUUUUUUGCCCCUGAGCUGGACAAGCAUGGUUAUCAAGCCCUAUAUAAGAGAAAAACUAACGAGGUCUAUGCUGGAAAUACCCAUACAAUUGAUGGUUGUGCAACAUUUUUCCGCAGAGAUAGAUUUUCACAUGUUAAAAAAUAUGAGGUUGAAUUUAAUAAGGCUGCUCAGUCUUUGACUGAUGCGCUGGUUCCAAGUGCUCAAAGAAAAACUGCUCUAAAUCGAUUAGUUAAGGAUAAUGUUGCAUUAAUAGUUGUUCUGGAAGCAAAAUUUAGUAAUCAAGGAGUUGAUAAUCCUGGGAAGCGGCAGCUACUUUGUGUUGCAAAUACACAUAUAAAUGUUCACCAGGAUUUAAAGGAUGUCAAGCUUUGGCAGGUCCUUACUCUCUUGAAAGGAUUGGAGAAAAUAGCUGCUAGUGCUGACAUUCCUAUGUUGGUGUGUGGAGAUUUCAAUUCAGUUCCUGGAAGUGCUCCCCAUUCUCUUCUUGCAAUGGGUAAGGUGGAUCCAUUGCAUCCGGAUUUAGUAGUAGACCCUCUUGGAAUCUUACGGCCUCACAACAAGCUUACACAUCAGCUGCCGCUGGUCAGUGCAUACUCAUCUUUUGCAAGAGUGGGCGUUGGUCUUGGUUCAGAUCAGCAGAGGAGGAGAAUGGACGCUACAACAAAUGAACCCUUAUUUACGAAUUGCACUAGAGACUUUAUCGGUGCCCUAGAUUAUAUAUUUUACACAGCGGACUCUUUAAUGGUGGAGUCUUUGUUGGAACUAUUGGAUGAGGAAAGCUUGAGGAAAGACACAGCCCUUCCUUCUCCAGAGUGGUCUUCAGAUCAUAUAGCACUUCUUGCUGAAUUUCGUUGCAAGAAUAGACCAAGACGUUGACACUACAGUUGCUGUUGUUGUGGGCAGGAUUAGAGAUCCCAAGGCAAUGACCUGCAGAUAUGGAUCGAUUUAAGCUAUUGUAAGAAUCGUAGAUCAUGGUUAAUAUGCUCUAUUCUAGGUGUCUCCUAGCGGGGAUCCUUGCUAUGAUCUGCUUUGUAUCAUGUCACCUUUGUCUCAUAGAAAAGUUAUGCCUCGUUCAAUUGCUUUUUUCGUUGCUAAUAGAAUGCCCUGUGGCAUAGUCUGUCAUUAUCCUGUACUUAUAAGUUCCCGGCAAAGCAAGCGGUUAGUGGCAUGCUAUUGCAUGUGCCCCCUUAGGUUUUUGGGUUUAAUGAUCGUUUUGUCACAGUUCCUUCUUUUUCUCUGGUUUCUGAAAGGAAUAAAAUUCUCAAGUUUUCA